AUGUAUAAAUACAAUCAAAGAUAUUACCUCUUCGAUGGUUAUAAUGUAACUUAUUUUAUCAACUAUCAUUUCAUAUUCCCAUUCAUGAAUGAUAGUAGUAUUCUCAUUGUUUGCAUAGCAAUCUAUCUAUACAUUUGUGUACAUUUAUAUAUACUCUGUUGUGUAUUUGUAUCUCUUAUUAUAUCAUACUUGACCUCCAACAAUAACCUAAAUAAUGGUAACAAACAACCUUUAUAUAUCUUUACAAGAGAGACCAAUAAUGGUGUUAUGAAGGUUGUAGAUGAUGAUUCAGACUUGGUUACAAACGAAAGCUCGGAUGAGGAACCAGUUAAACCAUCAUCAAAUGGUAUUAAGAAACCAUCUACUCCUCCAUUAAACAACAACAACAAUAACAAUAACAAUAACAAUGGUACACCAACGAAACUAUCUACUCCACCACUCAACAGUAAUGGAGUUAAUAAGAAUUAUAAAAGUAGUCCUACAUCAACAACGUCGACAACUUCAACAACAUCUACAACUUCAACUACUUCAAAUAAUAACAAAAAAGUAAAGAAGGAAUCGUCACCAAUGGAAAUUGAUGAACCAGUUACCAAGAAAUCAUCACCAAAGAUUAAUGGAACACCAAAGAAACCUCUAUCACCACCACUCAAAAAGGCAACUCCUGCAAAGCGUAAGCAAGCUGAUUCGAGUGACUCUUCUGAUUCGAGUGACAGUGACUCGAGCGAUAGUGAUAGUGAUAGCGACAGUGAUUCAUCUUCAGACUCGAGCGACAGCGAUUCAUCUUCAGAUUCUGAUUCAUCAGGCAGCGACUCUGACUCAUCAGACAGCGACUCUGAUUCAUCAGACGAUUCUGGCAAGAAAAAGAAAAAGACACCAGCCAAGAGAAAGGUGGUCAUUACCAAGAAAGAACCCAAAAAGAAAAAGACACCGGCAAAGAAGACACCAGUAAAGAAGGAGACCACACCAGCCAAGAAAGCACCAGCCAAAAAGGCAGCAGCAGCCAAGAAGGAAAAGACGUCCACCACUUCUACCACCUCGACAAGAAAGAAAGUUAAAAAAGAAGAAUCUGAUUCAGAGGAUGAUAAAAAGUCAAAGGGAAAGAAGAGAAAGAAGGCAGACGACAGUGACGACGAUGAAGAGGAUGCAGAAGAUGGAUAUAAAUGGUGGUUGGAAAAGGACCAUCCUAAUGGUGUUAAAUGGGAGACAUUGACUCACAAUGGACCUGUUUUCCCACCCGACUAUGAACCACAUGGAAUUAAAUUAUACUACGAUGGCAAGGCACUAGAACUCACACCAAUUCAAGAAGAAGUUGCCACUUUCUAUGCUACCUAUCUUGAAACUGAGCAUGUUCAAAAAGAACAAUUUAGAAAGAACUUUUUCGCUGAAUUUAGAGCUUUACUUAGUACUGAACAACAAAAAGUUGUAAAAUCGUUUGAAUUAUUGGAUUUCUCAAAGAUUCACAAGUUUUUAGUUGCACGUAAAGAAAAGAGACUAGCAAGAACAACCGAAGAGAAAAAGGAAGAAAAGGAUGAAAAGGAAAAGUUGAGAGAAAAGUAUGGAUAUGCCAUGGUCGAUGGUCACAAGCAAAAGAUUGGUAAUUAUAUGGUCGAACCUCCAGGAUUGUUUUUGGGUAGAGGUAAACAUCCAAAGACUGGUAUGCUAAAGAACCGUAUCUAUCCAUCGGAUGUGACAAUCAACAUUGGCAGUGAGGCAGAUGUGCCAGAACCACCCAUCAAGGGGUACAACUGGAAACAAGUCAUCCACAACAACACAGUGACUUGGUUGUCGUUUUGGAAGGAGAAUGUCAACGGUGGCUACAAACUGCGCGUGGUCUCAAAGAGUGUAUCGACGACAUUCGUGACGGUUACAAGCACAAGCUCAAGAGCUCCAACCGUAAGGAGGUGCAGUUGGCACUCGGUCUCUAUCUCAUCGACAAGUUGGCGUUGCGUGUUGAUGACUGGUUUGUCGGCCAAAGUGUUCCGUACAUACAACGCAUCGAUCACCCUACAGAACGAGCUCGCCAAGAUGCCCGACGACCUCGAAACGAUCGACGAAAAGAUCCUCUUUUACACACGUGCCAAUCGUGAGGUUGCCAUCCUCUGUAACCAUCAGCGUUCGGCUCCCAAGACACACACCGAGUCGAUGGGCAGAUUCCAAGCCAAGAUUGACGAGCUUGACGACCGCAAGAGACUGGCCGCGCACGAUCUCAACCAACUCAACGAGAAAAAGGGUGAAGCUCUCUCGUCUUCUGAAAAAAAGAAGAUCAUGAAACGUGAGGAUGAAAGAUUGAAAGCUGCCAUUCAAAAGGCCAUCGAAACCAACAAGGACGCCGAAAAGACCGACGAAGAGGUUCGCCAAGAAGCAGAGACCAAGUUUGAAAGAUCUCGUAAGCUCUCGGAUCAAGUUGACAAACUAGAGCUCAAGAUUGCGUCGCUCGAGGAACAAAUCAAGAAACAGGAAUUGACAAAGACUGGAAAAGAUGAAACAUCAACCGUCGCCCUUGGUACCUCAAAGAUUAACUACUUGGACCCAAGAAUCACAGCUGCAUGGUGCAAAAAGAUGGAAGUUCCCAUUGAAAAGAUCUUCUCAAAGACUUUGCGUGACAAGUUCCCCUGGUCUGAUGUUGAUGAAGAUUGGGAAUUCUAA